AUGACAGGCUCAAGUACUGCGUUGCCGGUUCUGGGACGACCUUCCAGUGCUGUCUUGAGGGAGACCCGACCGUUGUCUUCGCAGCGGGAUGAUCGCGAAGCGCUCGAGCUACAUGAAAUCCAGACCCACGAGGAUAACGAGCUGGAUUAUUCCUCACCAUCUGCCUCAUCCGGAGACGAGUAUCGAGUCACUACUCGGCGAACGAUAUCUCGCGUCACGACUCAACGCUCCCAUCACGAUCGGACGGGGCUGUGGAGCCGCAUCUGUCGACUUUGGACCCAUAAUGUCACUCUGACGGUGCCGCGGAAAAGCAACAGGGACCAUUAUGCAUUGGAGAGAACAUUCCUUGCUUAUAUCCGUACCUCGGUGGUGAUUGCGAUGCAAGGGGUGGUGAUCGCGCAGCUGUUCCGCCUUCAACGUGCCCCGUCGGAUGAGGACCGCCUAAGAUUCUACCAGGUCGGCAUUCCGCUUGCCGUCUCUUGCCACGGCGUGGCUGUUCUCGUCGCCCUGAUCGGCGCCUUUCGAUUUUGGAGACAGCAAAACGCCAUUUCUCUAGGGAAAAUCCAUGCUGGAGGCUGGGAGCUUAAUUCAGUCGGUAUUCUACUUUUCGCGAUUAUUUUGGUUACCUUGAUUAUUUCCGUCGCUAUCAUCGUUGAAAUCGACAAUGCUCAAACCACUUUACUCAGUCGUUUGUUACGACGGUGA